AAACCAAACCAAACCAAGCUUUAAUAAUUCCCACGAGCCAGAAAACAUGGUAAAAAAAGUUGGGGACUAUAUAUAGUCAAUAUUUUCGCAUCGGCACUCGACAGAGAUCUCACUCAACUCAAUCGCCUCCACUCUCUCCCGCAAACUAUUCUUCUUCUCUUCUCUCCCUCUGAGCCUUUCAUCGCUCCUCGGAGAGAUGGCUGCGUCCGAAGAAUCAUCAACCACUCAGAUGGUUGGCAAUGCUUUUGUGCAGCAGUAUUACUCCAUAUUGCAUCAAGAGCCAGACCAAGUCCACAGAUUUUACCAGGAGUCUAGCAUCCUAAGUCGACCUGAAGAAGAUGGUACCAUGACAAUGGUGACUACUACUCUGGAAAUUAAUAAAAAGAUACUCUCUCUGGAUUACACAAGCUUUAGGGUGGAAAUUCUGAGUGCUGAUGCGCAGCCUUCAUUCAAGGAUGGAGUAAUUGUUGUUGUGACUGGCUGCCUAACUGGAAGUGACAAUCUGAAAAGGAAGUUUACUCAGUCCUUUUUCCUAGCUCCUCAGGACAAAGGCUACUUUGUUUUGAAUGAUGUUUUCAGAUAUGUUGAUGAGUAUAAGUCAGUUGAUAUUGAAUCUGUGCCAGCAAAUGAUGCUGCUACCGCUGAUGAAAGUGCUCCAACAGAUGCUUUUGUCCCAGAGCCUGAGGUCAUUCAUGUUGCUGAAGAUGUUCCUCCUAGUCAAACUGCUGUUGUUGAUGCUGACAUUAGUGUCAGCAAAGAAGUGAGUCAACCACUGGAGAAUGGAAAUGUAUCAGUUACUGAAAAGGUGGUUCCUGUUAAUCAUGUUAAAGAAUCUAGUCAUCAGGAGCAUAGUCAUUAUCAUGCUGAGAAAGCUGCUUCUAAUAAUGCACUGGAAGAUACUCCAAAGAAGUCUUUUGCAUCCAUUGUGAAUGCACUGAAAGAAAAUGCUGCUCCCUUCCAUGUGAGGGUUUCCCCCGUGAAACUUGUUGAACAACCACGUGUUUCUAGCAUACCUGCACCAGAAGCACCAGCUCCUAGCAUUGAAAGUCCACCAGAAAAGAAUAAUGAGAAUGGAGGCAAGGCUUAUGCAAUAUUUGUUGCAAAUUUGCCCAUGAAUGCAACAGUGGAACAGCUGGAACGUGCUUUCAAGAAAUUUGGGCCCAUUAAACAGGAUGGUAUUCAAGUUAGAAGUAAUAAGCAACAGCAAUCUUGUUUUGGUUUUGUGGAAUUUGAAUCGGCUACUUCAAUGCAAAGUGCACUUGAGGCCUCUCCUCCCGUUACCUUGGAUGGCCGUAGACUUUCAAUUGAAGAAAGGCGAGCUAAUAAUGAUAGGGGGAGGUAUUCAUCGGGAAGGGGCGGUUACAGGAAUGAUAGAAAUGAUAACUUCAGGGGCCGUGGCAACUUCAGUGGCGGCCGUGGUGGUGGUGGCUAUGGAAACAGGAAUGAUAGUUUUGAGAAGCGAAGUGAGUUCUCUGGCCGGCCUCGCGGAGGCAAUAAUAACGGUGGGGGCCGUAGCAAUGGAGAAGCUGUGCCAAGGAGUUAUCAGAAUGGAGGAGGAGCAAAAGUGACUCGUCAAUCAGUGAAAGUUCAGUAAAGUGAUUCAUUUUGUUGGGAAUUGAGUGACAACGGCAUUUUCUUAUAGAUAGCGGCAUCUAGAGGGAAUUGGUUUGCAACUGCAUUAGAGUCUUUUUAUUUUAUUUUAUGUUUUCUUAUUUAUUCCUUUAUUAUAGUGUCGUGAUCCUUUUGCUUCAGAGAUUUUUGGUUAAAUUACAUCAUUCCCCAUACCUACUUCCCCCCACUACUUUCUUUUCUUGUUUUUGCCAAUUUUGUAUCUAUUAUUCCGGAAUAAUUGUUUUGGAAUUGGCCACAAUUAUGCCAUUUUCUUUGGAACUCCUA